ACUUGUCAACUUAUCACAUCAUCCACCUUUUUUGUUUCUCCUAAAAAAGAAAUAAAAAAUCAAAAUUACAAAAGAAGUUCAAAGAAGAACCCAGAAAAGGGCUAAGCUUUCCUUCUCUUUCAGAGAGAGAAACCUCAUUCAAUUCUGGAGAGUGAAAAUAAAAUAAAAUUCAUGUGUACUUUUUGUUAGGGUUUUGUUCUGGGUUUUUGUAUUUGAAAUUUUUAUUUAAGUAAAUUGAAGGAUUUUUGGUUGAAAAUCAUCAAUUAGUUGAUGGGUUUGAUUCAAAUUUAAUUUAAUUUGAUGGUGAAAUUCUGGGUUUUAUUCUGUUUUUGUUUUUGAUUAUUAUUAUUCUGGGGUUAAAUUUGAGGGUUUUAAAGAAGAAACUGAGGAGAUAGAAAUUAUUGGAAAUGUAUGUGGCUUCUCCCAUGCGAAAGUCGUUCAAGGAUUCUCUGAAAGUUCUAGAAGCUGAUAUUCAACAUGCUAAUACUCUGGCAUCAGAAUUUCCUAGAGAAUAUGAUGGUGCUUGUCUUCAAAUGAGAAUGUCAUAUGCUCCUGCUGCCCAUUUCCUGCUUUUCUUGGUCCAGUGGACUGAUUGCAACUUAGCAGGGGCACUUGGUUUGUUGAGAAUUUUAAUUUAUAAGGUUUAUGUGGAUGGCACCACUACCAUGUCAACACAUGAAAGAAAAGCAAGUAUCCGAGAGUUUUAUGCGGUAAUAUAUCCCUCAUUAUUACAACUUCAAAGUGGCGUUACUGAUACCGAGGAUAAAAAACAAAAAGUUGUUUGCAUGGAGAGAUAUCGGAAAAGAGAUGAAGAGGAAUAUAGGCAGUAUACAGAUAUGGAUAUUGAAAGAGAGGAAGAAUGUGGUAUUUGCAUGGAGAAUUACAGCAAAAUUGUGCUGCCCAAUUGCAACCAUGUCAUGUGCCUAAAGUGUUAUCGAGAAUGGCGCUCAAGAUCACAAUCCUGCCCCUUUUGCCGAGAUAGUCUGAAGAGGGUGAACUCUGGAGAUCUUUGGGUGUUCACUGAUAGUAGAGACGUGGUUGACAUGACAACAUUGACGAAGGAGAAUCUUAGGAGGUUGUUUAUGUAUAUAGAGAAGUUGCCCCUGAUUGUUCCGGAAUCCCUAUUCGAUGCAUAUGAUUCACACCUGAAAUGAAGGAAAGGACUAUGGUCUGUUAGCCUGCAGUAUUCUCGCUGUCGCAGCUGUGGUUAGCCUACAGUAUUCUUGCUGUCGCAACAGUUGCUUUUAGACUAUGGUCUGUUUAGAUUAGUUAGAAGUGCAAAUGUUCUUUUAAAUGACUUUGCUGUCUAUUCUGUGGUUAAAUCUCAUGCCUGAUUUAUUUGAAGGCAAGAGAAGGAAGGUUGGGGUGGUUUCCUGUUAUGGGUUCCGUAAAUUUGUAUGUAGGUAAAUGUGUACAUGCUUGUACAGCUCUGUUAUUCAGAAAAAAAAAAAAAGGGUAGAACUCCUUUCUUUUGUUUAUAUUCAAUGCAGGAACCCAAGGCACUCCUAUAUUAUGUUGUGAUCAAAUGCCUUUCAUCUCUUUAGUUCUGCUGCCGCCAAUGAUGCUGAGCUCGCCAAGAUAUCGUGUAAGGCUGUAAAAAUUAUUCGUCCUGGGCGGCGAAUUGGGUAUACAAAAAUUAUAGAUGUGUUGUACUGUAUUGAUAGUUCCAAAUUUAGGAAAUCUGAAAACUUCUGAUUUUAAAAUAGGAUUCCUGAUUUUAUUUGGUAGAAGUGCUUUAAUCAAACUUUGAAAAUUCCUAAAAAGAGAAGCCAUGUAGUAUAUGUCACAUUUUUUACAAGGUGGUUUGGCCUAAAAGGUCUAGUACUUGUUCUCUUCACUUUAA